AAAUCAGCAGAUGGUAGGAGGGUUUUGUAUAAUGAAAUUGUUUUUCGAACUAUUCACGAGUUUGUUAAACCUGAGAGGAUCAGAAACAAUUUGUUGGCCAGCCGUUUGUACACCCCUAUUGAAGCUCGAACCUCUCAGGGCAGAGAUGAAGUUGAAAGAAUAGCCACUGACAAUUUUCUGGAUAGUUUCGAAUCAUGGUUUUGCUCAUUAAUAGUUGAAUUUUUUAGUUACAUGGAUGUACUGCUUUCAGUCUCCCCUACGACCAAAACGGGCGGUUACUACUUAUAUGGCAGGCGAGAUUCUAUUAACAAAACACGAUUUCUUCUAGUCAGAACGAGUCAUGGUGAUGGUAAACAAGCCUUUAAACGUGUAACACUCCCUGGAGGGUCGACGGUAAUGCAAUUGAGGAAGAUGAUUGAGAAAUCCAUGCGGAAUGGUGUGGUAAAGUCUAUAUGGACCCUACCUGAUAGGGUAGGUUACUUGGUGACUUGCUGCUUCGAUAAAGCCCCGUCCAUAGUUCAGGCCUAUUCUGUUAAGCCGAGAUAG